CUAUAGAAACUCCUGAUGUUCCGGAUGUUCACACUUCAGGGUGUUGUGUCGGCAUCCGCAUCUUGUCUUGUCUUAAGUUUUGUGAUUGUCUGCUAUGAGCGACUUUUAUAUUAAACCAGGGAAUCAGGAGCGGGGGUGGAAUGACCCUCCACAGUUUUCAUACGGCUCACAGACCAACACUGGAGGACAGAGACGGAAUCUGCUCAACAAGAGGGUUCCUCCACCUCAGCUCUCAGCUCAGAGUCCUGGAUCGGGGUUACAUCCCUCUCCAGCCAUUAAUUCAGUUCCACCAAGUAAUUCAGUGCCUCCUCCUGUGGCUGGAUUCACUCCAUCUCCUAAGAGUCACAUUUCUUCAGAUGGAGUAGCAGAUUCACACCAGUCUUCUCCGAAGAUCCAGCCUGACUCGACUGUACAAGUGAAGAAUGAACCAAACCUUAACAGUGUUCAAGCACCACUUCUCUGGGCGCUGACUGCAUGUCGGCAAACUGUGAAGAAACAGGUGUGUGAUGAUGUUGAGAGACGACUGAAUAUAUUUGAAGAGAUGUGGACAAGUGGUAAACUCUCUCUUCCGGUCAAAUGUAGGAUGAAUGGACUUUCCCAAGAGCUGAGCAAUAAGAAUUGGGACAAAGCGGAUGAGAUCCACCGAGCCCUGAUGGUGGACUACGUUAAUGAAGUGAGCCAGUGGAUGGUGGGUGUCAAGCGUCUAAUUGCGGAAACUCGCAACCUGAGUCCAGAGCUGCUGCCCACCGACGUGACGACUCAAAGCGAGGACUCUGCUGAUCCAUCGCAAUGAGGAUGUGUUUUAGGCUUUCCUCCAUUUCUUCUGAGCCUUACUGAUUACAGGACACUACUCUUUAGACCAUUUUUCCAGAGCUGCUGUGAUUAUAGGAGGGAGAUUUUGUGUUAAUGCUGCAAUACUGCAGUGCUGUUAAUACUAUAAUAAUAAUAGGGUAUGAUAUUCUUAUCAUUUUAUUGCUCUUUAUAUCACUGAUUAUAUGGACAGAAAGUGAACUGAAUAAGGGUUAAUAUCAGUGAAGGAUGUUAUGGUUUUAAUGGACUUUAUGAAUUUACUGAUAUAGUCUUAUUGUGUAAGUAAAGGGAACUUUCCAAAUCUACAAUCUUAUCAAAUUAAACUGCAAUACUGCAUUAUGAGACAACUAUGUUGAGUUUACAUUUUUUUCCUAUGCAACCACAUCUUUCAAUAUUUUUUUUCCAAAUAACUCUGUUUACUUUAGAUUCCCCAACCUGUGCGUUGGGGUGGCAUGACUGUUUCUACAGCAUUUCCCAUCCUUUAUUCAAGUUGUUGGCUAUGUACUGUAUAAUUAAAUAAAUGUAUACAGAAUGCUAUAGUCCCUGGUUCUCAUUUAUCAAAGUGUGUGUAGAACUGAUUCUAAAUCUGUGCGUAAAAGCCACCAAGGCACACAAGAAACUUGGUGUUUAUCACACGUGCUUACGCACAGCUGUGAAUCCCACACUUUCUAAAUGGAUGGGCUCGUGCACGGCCCCACUCAUUUGCAUACAGAUACACCCCCAAAUCACCAUAUAUGUAUGUAUAUAACAAUGUACAGUCCCCUCCCAAAGUAUUGGAACGGCAAGGCCAAUUUAAUUGUUUUUGCUAUACACUGAAGACAUUUGUGUUUGAAAUCACAAGAUAGAUCAGAAAUUCAGCUUUGAAUUCCUGAUAUCUGCAUCUAGAUGUGUUAAACAACUAUUUUAACCCACCCAUUUUUGGUGGGUUUUUCUUGUUGCCCAGGUGUGCUCUGUUAGAUUGAGUAUUUAAACAAUUAAUAGCACUGAAUGUCUACUCUUGGUUUGAGCCCUAGGUUACACCUGUGAUGACAGUGUUUAUUGUUAAAAAGGAUAAACCAACAUCAAGACCAGAGAGCUGUCUAUGGGAGAAAAGCAAGCCAUAUUGAAGCUGAGAAAAGAGGGGAAAAUCAGUGAGAGCAAUUGCACAAACAUUGGGCAUAGCCAAUACAACAAUUUGGAAUAUCCUGUAAAAGAAACAAACCACUGGUUCAGUCGAAAUUUAACUUGUAGUUUAUUCUCCCUCAUAUUAACAGUACUAUUAUUGUCUACAUUAUGUUCUUACAUUUGACUUCUGUUUUGACUUCAGUUUGUACUUGUUGAUUGUCUGCACACUUACUUACCUCAUGAUUUAGUCUCUGGGUUGCAGUCAUCCUGUAUGUGAUGUGAUGUUUUACUUUUAUAACAUCCGCAAAGUUUUAGUUUCUGAUUGCUUGGUGCCAUAGAAGAAACCAGUUUGAGGCAGUUUUAUUGUGCACCUUGCAGUCCAGUAAUCUCGUGUAACCCUGUCUUUACUCUUCCUUUGUUAGACUGAUGUGAUCAUUUACCAAUAAGAUGUAGAUCCUCCUUUUCUCCAUAAUCAUGCUACAAUUCUGCAGUAUAUGAAGUGAUUUAUGUGUGAUUUUAUUUCUGACUGAAUUCCUCUUGUACUCUUUGUUCACUGAGAGUAUACUCUCUCUCUUCUAUGGCAUAAUAAACACCUUUUUUGAUUGAGCAUACCUUCA